AUAUCUCACCAUGAAAGUUGCAAUUUAUUUGUGUUUCUUGGCGUUGUACCUGAUCAAGUCUUGUUCAGCAGUACGUUGUGUGGGAAGAGCGGUGAAAAACAAGAGAGGCGAGUCUGGAACAGAAAUGGUCAGCGAAGAGAAAGUUUUUGAUCACGCGGUGUUGCCAUCGUGGAGCGAUUGUUACAGUGAGUGCAGAACAUUGUGCCAGGGAAAUGAAGGAGAAUGGGAUGGAUGCAUGUCGUUUGAUGUGCAUGCGGUGUUCUUUAGGGGUAGCGGAACGAAAAAAUCUCUAAGAUGCAACUGCUACGGGUUCCGUGAAGAAGAACCAACAUUGGUAGACGCUGAUACAAAUUUCCAACACUUCAAAUGCAGCCCUUCAAUCUAA